ACGUAAUUUCUAUAAGUGAAACAAUGUCGGAUAAUAGUGAUACCGGGGGCAAUGACCCCGAGCCCACGCCGGGCACGAGUGGCUUGCAGGACUUCAGCAAACUCGAAGUAAAAUCCGACGACGAAGGCGAUGGUUCUACUUCAGAUUCGGAAAUAAAUGCGUACAGUUUGAGAUUUAAUCCUAUGAAGGCUCUGUAUUCGGACAGAAUGAUGCUGCCAGUGCCCGACGCGCCUGUGUAUGAGAAUUUGCAGCAAUUUGAGGCUGCAUUGUUGAAAAAUCAGGAGAUAUUGGCUGUGGGUAUGGGGCAGCAAGUUCAGGAGCGAGAGAAGAAGAAAUUGGAGCGUAAACAGGCAUACGAGCAAGCGCUUGAAGAGAAAAACAGGCAGCGGUUUGCGAAGUACGAAGUGACCGUCCGGCCUGAGAGGAAACAAGGGAAGAAUGUGCUGACCCGAGAGCAGACUAUCACUGGCCCUCUGUCUGCACUUCGAAACGCCAUGCAAAAGAACCACCGGGUCAAGGUGAUAACUAGAGGUCCGACGGGUCUCCGCGGCGUCUUACACGGAGACCUCACGGCUUUCGACAAACACUGGAACCUGGUACUGACCAACGUACUUGAGAUCUACUGCAGGAAACCUAUCAGGAAACUGAAGUACCCACCCGCAGGAGGUCGUCCCGUGCCACAAGGCACAGCAAACAUGAUCUCCCCCCUCCCAGAGGUGGUGGUAUCCUCCCUAGGCAACAGGAUCUUCGAGUGCUCCCGCCACAUUCCCCAGUUGCUCGUGAGGGGGGAGCAUAUCGUCCUCAUCAAUGUCGUGGACCAGUAUCGGACUAAAUAACAUGCGUGUGUGAUAUUUUUUUCGCCAUGGUCAUACACUGAGUCGCCAGGCCUUUCUGACAGCAAACAUCAAAUUCCACCAAUGAAAUAUGUCGAUUUAAUAUGAUUGGUGGGUAAUGAAGACCAGCCCCUCUAGCACAACUUGCCUUGUCGCGCGCUAGUCCAUACUUGAAUACGCGCUUGAUAUAUGGACUCGCGCGCGACAAGGCAAGUUGUGCUAAAGGGUCUGGCGCCACAGUAUCACCGCAUGGCGAAAAAACCGAUUCAGAAUAAGUAUCCUCAUUGAAAUCAAUUGCGUUUACCACCCUCGUUGUAAAUGUGUCAUUUUAUUUUUUCUUUUUACAAACAGUAUGACUGGUUAGUAUAGGUUUGUAAUCAUUAUUCGAAGCUAUUUUAUCACAUAAGUGCCUCAAAAAUGCCGUUGACGAGUCUUUGGCGUUACAAUCAGCGAUUACUUCGUUGGUUACAAUACUGUAGUCUGUAACAUCCAUCAUAAAAAAUCAUGGCUUUUUUUAUCAAACAAUUCAAUAUCUAAAUAUCAAGAAGCUUAAACAGAUGAUGGAGAUGAUAAAUGUGCACCCAAAAAGUUUGGACAUCUGGUUCUGUCUGCAGUGUCUGCACAAAUAUUAUCGACUUGUAUGUUUAGUGCAUAGUUAUCAUUGCAUUUUCUCAGGUUCUUCAAAGUUGAUUCCAAUAACUUAUUUUAAAUAUUUACACUUAAUUAUAAUUGCCAGAUAUCUUUCAUGUUUAUAACUUUAACAGCAUAAUAGGGUGAAUUGCCAAUAAUUGCCCAUGAAAUAAAAUAAAAAUGUAAAUAAAUAAGGUUUAAAUGCAUUAAAUAUUUGUAAGUUCGAAUAAGAAUACUUUUACAAGGCUGGUUGAAUGUUUCGUAAAAUUUAAGAAAAAAAACUUAUAGUUUUGAUAUGCUUUUAUUUAGUAGUAGACUUUUUAAGACUGUACUCAACGGUACGUAUAUAGGUACCAAUGUCGUCACUAAAUACUUUGAAAAUAUCUCAUAUCUCAAACUGAUCCUCAAAGUUAAAACGCAGUAAGUCUAUAUGCAUUCCAUACAUACUUACUACAUAAUUAUUUUUUUCAUUCACACAAGAAGAUACAAGUUUUUUUUUCAAAGUAGUGACGAUAGGUAUGUUAGAGUAGUACUAUGAUUAGUUAUUAGGUACCAAUUAGUAGAUUAGGCAACUAUUACUUUUUAUACUUUAAAAUUAAAAACUAAGAAUAAAACUUAAGAUGGUUAAUAUGUUAAGUGCUAAAAGUUGAUACUUAAUAAGUAUUAUAAAUGUUUCAUUUGUUAUAUUUUGUAUAUAUUCUGGUGGUAUAUAAAAAAUAUUGCCGCUGCCUAAACAUGUUAGUUAUAUUAUAUAUACUUAGAAGUGUUAAAACUAAUUUGUACGUUAAAAUUUAACAUAGUUAAAAGUUGUUUGUAUGUUUUCUGUUUAGGAUUUUUUUAAAUACUUAUUUAGAAGUAUAUCCGAGUAUGUGCGAUGUUAAAUACUAUUUGAAUAAGUUAUGAAAUGUUGUAUAAUAGUUAUUACAUAUUAUUAGUUUUGUACAUGGGAUCUGCUUACCUACUAGUAGUUAUAAAAUGGAGCAUACUUGUUUUGAUACUCCUUAAAAUAAAGAAUUUUGUAAAACAUAAAAAUAUCUCACAUGUGAAAUAUUCUUGAUACAGGUAAAAGCUUACAUUUGUUAUUUAGACAAGUAUAACUAAAAUGC